AUGCAAUCAUCAAAUUUAAAUAAUCUCAUUGCUAAAGAAGAAGAAAAUAUUCAAAAACUUGUUUUAAAAAACUAUAUUCCAACAUUAAUUAUUAUCAGUUGUUUUCUUGUAUGCAUAAGUAUUUUUGGAUUAAUUGGUAAUUGGUUAGUAGUACAUACAAUUGGUCGUCAUAUAUUUAGAAGAUUCUUCAAAUUAUUAGAAAACUGUCUACGUAUUGUUUGUAACUGUUCAAGAUGUAAAAAUCAACCAGAAAACCCUAAACAAAAUCAAAAACGUUCUCAGUACCGACAAGAUAUUUGUCAACAACGAUUGAAUCCUUAUCUUGAUGUAUGUUUGUCAAGAACUUCUAGUCUUGUGCCAAUUAGUCAAUCGACUAAUUCUGUCAGUAAUAAUGAAUUAAGAAAUCAAGGCAAUAGUUUAACAAGUGUCAAUAAUACUUCAACAUUAAAUAUUCACCAAUCAAUAGAAACAGGAACUGAUUGUAAUAAAAACAAGGAAACUACGAAAAAAUUUAUUUUCACAAAACGUACUGCCAUGCACACAGAUCUCAACUCUGAUCUUCUCAUUGUCCUUCUUGCAAUAAAUGACUUGAUCAUCUGUGUUAUUGAUAUACCGACAACAAUCUUUCUGAUUGUAUGGGAAACUAGAACAUAUGACUUUAUUUGUAGACUACAUGUGAUCUUAAAAUCAUUCACUCUAACUGUUUCUGCACUAUUUUUGGUUAUAAUUGCUUUGGACCGUUGGUUGUUAGUUUGUUUUAUACCAUGUGUUAUAAUGACAAAAAAGUGUAUGAAGAGACUAAUCGUUGGAACAUAUAUCUUAGGAAUACUAUGGGCAAUACCAAUGGGAUUACAUCAUGGUGUACACAGUUAUUUUAAAAUUAGUACAGUUGAUAAACUUGUAUCCAGUGAUUCAGAAGCUAUUUUCAUGUUUCAUGAAUCAAACAGUUUAUUUAAAACUAACCAAUCAGAAUUCAAUGAUAGUAUUUCUAACAGCUCAUCAAUGUCAUCAGAAAAAUCAUCAUUGGCUUAUUUUACAUCACAAUUUAUCGAUCUAAUAUCAUCAUUUACAAAUUAUGGUUAUUGUAAAUCUGAUGAACGUUUCAUAUCACAAAGUGAUUAUGAAACUUACCAAUUGUCUAUAUUAAUUUUAUUCAGUCUUAUUUUCACUUGCAUUUGUAUCUUUUAUGGUUAUUUAUUUUUAUUCAUUAUGAUACAUCAAUAUCGAUGGAGAACAAAAUUUGGACCUAAAAUAAAAGUUAUUGAACCAAUAAAUACUCCUUUAACUUCUCCAAAACAUGAUGUUAUAAUUAAUAAACCAGUUAAACAGUCUGAUUUUAUUUGUUUUAAUCAUAAUAAUAGAUCAAGAUUUUUAAGUGUACAAUUAAAUCAAACACAUUUAAACAAUAAACAACAUCAAAAUCAAUUUAGUCAUAGUUAUAGUGAUUCAACAAUACAAAUCCAUUCACAACCUAUACAUUUUAAUCAAUUAAAAUCAAUAAAAACACAAAAUAAAAUGAAUCAAUCUAAACAAAUUAUUUCAAUUCAAAAUAAUAAUAAUAAUCAAUUAAAAUAUAAAUCAAUAAAACGAAAUUUAUUUAAUUUAUAUAAAAAAUCUAAUCAUCAUCAUCAUAUAAAAUUAACAAAUAAUCGACAUAUAAAAAGUGCAAUUACAUUUAUUUUAAUUACAGUUAGUUUUAUUAUAUCCUAUUUACCAAAUUUAUUAAUUGCUAAUCGAUUUAUUUGGCCUAUCAAUUGGGAAUUAUUAAUGGAAACAACAAAUCAAUUACAUUUAAUAUAUAAUUAUAAUAUAAUGAAUAAAACAAAUUCAUUAUUAUAUAAUAAUUCAAUGAUAACUGAAAUGAAUUUAAAUAAUCAUUUUUAUAAUCAUCAAUUAUAUAAUAUAACAAAUAAUAAUUUAUUAAUGAAUAAUUCAAAUGAAAUAUUAAAAAUUAAAAUUAAAUAUCAUUUAAGACGAUUUUUUCAUUAUUUAUAUUUUAUUAAUUCUGCUGCGAAUCCAUUAAUUUAUUUCUUUUUUAAUUUAAAAUUUCGUUUACAAUUAAAAUAUUUAAUUCAUUGUUUUAAUACAUGUUUUAAUACAUCCUAAUUAAUUUUGAAUUACUUAUAAUUAUUUAAUUCAUAUUGUAAUAUAUAAGAAUUAUAGAGGUAGAUAAUUAUAGUAUUAUUCUUUUCAAUGGUUAAGAUCAUGAGUCAGUUGAAGCUAGACUACCAUGGAAAACCUGGAAGCAUCUGAUAUUAAACAACAUAUGCUCACGAGUGAUUGGCUUCACCAGGUAUAUCCUGGAGUUCUAGUGAGAAGUAGUGACCAGUGGAAUUCAACCGUGUUUGUUGUGAGAUAGUAAUUCACUGAAGACAAUGGUGGAUAUGUCAUUCAAUUUCGUGAGUUAGUUGAAGUUAGACAUUAACAUCGUUGGAUACCGGCCAGCUCAGUGAUCUAGUGGUUAAGUGCUCGCACGCAAAACCAGUAGGUUGUGGGUUCGAAUCUCACAGGAGGCGAGAUCGUGGAUGUGUACUGCUGAGGAGUCCCACAAUAGGACGAGUUGGCCGUCUAGUGCUUCCAGAUUUUCCAUGGUGGUCCAGCUUCAACUGACUCAUGAUCUUAACCAUUGAAAUUACUAUAAUAUACACAAAACCCAUCUAAUAUUUUUUUCUUUUUAAAAAAACAAAAUAUGAACUGAUAGAACUUCUUUAUAAAAUAUGUAAAUUUAUACAUUAAAUACUUUAAUUAUAAAUUAUCUAUUAAUUGUUUUUAACUAUCUGUAUAAUUUUAUUUUUCAAUUCAUAAUUAAUUUCUACUAUCAUUUUGAUUUUUCCUUCAACUUGAUCUUCUUAACCAUCUGUUGACAAGUAUUUCAUUUGUGAUUGAUGUUAUACAUUGUUGAAACAGAAAGACAUAAGUAACAUACACUAUAAUACUACUAGUUGACACAUUUAUUGUUGGUAAAUAUUAUGAAUCAAACAUUAAUAACCAAUUAAAUGAAGAUAAUUAAGGCAUCAUUAUUAUUAUUAUAUUAGUUGUUUCUUACGUAUUGAUUUAAAUUAUUGAACCAAAUGAUUAUUUAAUAUUUUUAAAAAGAUAAAUCAAUAAAUGGAUAAAUGGAUAUCGUUAUUGACUUUUAUUCUUCAUUUAAAAUAUAUUAUAUACAAAUAGUCUAAUGCCAGUAUAUUUUGCUAUACAUGAUAUCAAUGUAGCAACUGUUAGUUGUGUAAAAUGUAUGGAAUAAGAAAAAUUACUUUAUAUCUAUUUGGAAUGUAUAUUUCUGUGUACUAAAACAUGUUGUUAAGUUAGUUUUUUAAAUUGAAAUAUGUAAUUUUUACAUAGGUAACAAUAAUGGUUAUUUUGUGUAUCUUGAUAGAUUUUGUGAUUAUGAUGAUACUGUGAGAAUGAAAUAAAAAGAAUGUUUUGUUUAAAGUUUAUUUUUUACAUUUACUUGUAUAAUAAUUUAGUGUUUAAAUAUAUAGAAUUCUUUAGUUGUUAAAAACAUGAUUUGUUAUUUAAAUAUCAAAUGAAUUGUUUAUCAUUUAAUAUGGUUUAUUUCGUAUUAAUGUGUGUAUAAACGUAAGAAUUACUUACUUACUUACUUACGCCUGUUACUCCCAAUGGAGCAUAGGUCGCCGAACAGCAUUCUCCAACCCACUCUGUCCUGGGCCUUCUUUUCUAGUUCUAUCCAAUUCUUGUUCAUUUUUUUCAUGUCUAUUUCCAUUUCUCGGCGUAAUGUGUUAUUUGGUCUUCCUCUCCUACUUUGGCCUUGAGGAUCCCAUAUGAACGUUGUCAUUAACAACAUUUAAUAUAGGAACAGUUGGAGAAAAAAAAUGAUCAAAAUCCAUGAAUGCUUGUACUUAAGAUAGAUUUACUAUUCUUCCUGAUAUUUCUUUUUCCAUACAUUGAAAGAAUAGUUCUAGCCUUUUAUAACAUUGAUUCAUCAAUUGGUAAUUCUAAUAUAUGAUCCAUUCAAAUA